GCAGUGCAGAAACUUCAGGUGGUUGGCCAUCCCAAGUACCAAGAAUCCAAAAGAAUUGCAAUCUUCCUGAGCAUGCCGGAUGAAAUCCAGACAGAAGAAAUCAUUAAGGACAUUUUUAAGCAAGGCAAAGAGUGUUUCAUCCCGCGUUACAAGCCUCACAGCAAUCACAUGGACAUGCUGAAGUUAUCAUCAGCUGAAGACAUUUCUUCACUUGCUUUGACAUCCUGGAAUAUACUUCAGCCUAGUGAUGAUGACGAUGCAAGAGAGGAGGCUCUUGCUGGUGGAGGUCUGGACCUUAUCUUCAUGCCAGGCCUUGGGUUUGACAAAAAAGGCAACAGAUUGGGAAGAGGGAAAGGAUAUUAUGAUACCUAUCUUGAACGAUGCAUGAAACAUCCCAGUGGAAAGCCUUACACAAUUGCCUUGGCUUUAAGGGAACAGAUUUGUGAAUCAGUGCCUGUGGCAGAAAAUGACGUCCAAGUAGAUGAAAUCCUUUAUGAAGACUGCUGA